UUCCCUGUCCGGGCACCUCUGAGUGGAAUCGGUGAGUGGCGGCGGCGCUGGCCGGGGGGAGUGUAUAGCAGCAGCAGCAGCCGGGCUGGGGGAGGAGGGAGUUGGGGGCUGAGCCUCGGUGUCUCUCAGUCUCUCCCCUCUGCAGAAGCAGCUCCCUGCCAGCAGCACUCAGUGCGGGAUACGGAGCGGCAUCAUGUCUCCCCGGCAGCCCUGCGCUUCCCCGCACUGAGCCCCCCGCACUCAGCCCCCCCAUAGGCGCCAGGGCCCGGAUCGGCCGAGGAUGCACAGUUUCUCCGCUGAGGGAGGCAGCGCAAGUACCGACCAUACGAGGGGGUUUCAUGCAAUAAUGGGGAUCAGGUAAUAGCCUGAAGCUUGAAGAAGGGGUGACAGAGAAGCCCCCCACCAUCACUAGAGCUUGAACCCCCCCCCCCAACUGAUCAUUAGUAGCAGCCCCCCCCCCAUCACUGGAUUCCCAUCUCCAUUAUUGGAGAGCUGUAUCCCCCAAUCCCCUAUCAGUGGAGACAGACCCCCCCCCCAGCGCUAUCUCAGCCCCCCAUCACUGGGCACAGACCUGCCAUUACUGAACGCAGCCUCCCCCCAUUCCCAGAGACCCCCCCCCAGCUGGAGACUGUACCCCCCCCAAUAUCACCGUGGACCCCACGUUCUUGGCUUUACUGGAGAGCGCUCACCCCCAUUACUACAGACAGAAGCUCUUGGGGAGACCAGACCAUCUCUACUGGGCACAGAAUCCAUUGGCGAAAUCCAACCCCCCCUUUCUUCUUACUGGACACAGCCCUGAUCUCUGGACUAAGGCCUUCUCUUGAGGAUUUAUCUGGAACCUUUUAUUUUUAUAUCUACACAUAUAUAUAUAUAUAUUCGUAAAUGGUCAAUGAAAACGAGAGGAUGUACCUUCCAGAGGGAGACCACCCAGGUUCUAACUACACCAACCCACUGCCGGCGCUGGGCACCAUGAACUCGACCCCUGGCCUGGCAACGGAGCACAUCGCCUCUCCGGGCGCUGCUCUGUCCUGGCAAGCCGCCAUCGAUGCAGCACGCCAGGCCAAGCUUAUGGGCGCGGCGGCUAACGCCACCAUAUCUACGGUGAGCUCCACACAGAGGAAGAGGCAGCAGUACAGCAAGCAAAAAAAGCAAGGGACCACCACAGCCACAAGGCCGCCCCGGGCGUUGCUCUGUUUGACCCUGAAAAACCCCAUCCGACGAGCCUGCAUCAGUAUUGUGGAAUGGAAACCGUUUGAAAUUAUUAUUUUACUGACUAUCUUUGCCAACUGUGUGGCCUUAGCUGUCUACAUCCCUUUCCCAGAGGAUGAUUCCAACGCGACUAACUCCAAUCUGGAACGGGUAGAAUAUCUCUUCCUCAUCAUUUUCACAGUGGAAGCCUUCUUAAAAGUCAUUGCAUACGGGCUUCUGUUCCACCCCAACGCUUACCUCCGCAACGGCUGGAAUCUGCUGGAUUUCAUUAUUGUAGUAGUAGGGCUUUUCAGUGCAAUUUUAGAGCAGGCCACAAAGGCAGACGGGGGCAGCGCCAUUGGAGGGAAAGGAGCCGGAUUUGACGUGAAAGCACUUCGGGCGUUCAGAGUCUUGAGACCCCUAAGGCUGGUGUCUGGAGUCCCCAGCCUCCAGGUGGUGCUGAAUUCCAUUAUAAAGGCUAUGGUUCCACUGCUGCAUAUCGCUCUGCUGGUGCUGUUUGUCAUUAUUAUCUAUGCUAUAAUUGGGUUGGAGCUGUUCAUGGGCAAAAUGCACAAGACCUGCUACUACCUGACAAAUGGAUAUCCAGAUGUUCUCACAGAGGAAGAACCCUCACCGUGUGCAUUGGAGAGCAAUAAUGGGCGGCACUGUCCCAACGGCACUUUGUGCAGAUCUGGUUGGGUGGGACCCAAACACGGCAUCACUAAUUUCGACAACUUUGCAUUUGCCAUGCUCACUGUCUUCCAAUGCAUCACCAUGGAGGGCUGGACAGAUGUGCUCUACUGGAUGCAGGACGCCAUGGGAUACGAACUGCCCUGUGUCUACUUUGUCAGUCUCGUCAUCUUUGGAUCAUUCUUUGUUCUGAACCUGGUUCUUGGUGUCCUGAGUGGUGAGUUUUCCAAAGAGAGAGAGAAGGCCAAGGCUCGGGGCGACUUCCAGAAGCUUAGAGAGAAGCAGCAGCUGGAGGAGGACCUGAAAGGCUAUUUGGACUGGAUCACUCAGGCUGAGGACAUCGACCCAGAGAAUGAAGAUGAAGAUAUUGACGAAGAGAAACCUCGGAAUAUGAGCAUGCCAACCAGCGAGACGGAGUCGGUCAACACAGACAACGUGGGCAGUGGCGACGUGGAAGAAGAGAGCUGCGGAGUACGCCUUGCGCACAGGAUUUCCAAGUCUAAAUUUAGUCGGUACUGGCGGAGAUGGAACCGGUUUUGCAGAAGGAAGUGUAGGGCGGCUGUAAAAUCAAACGUCUUUUAUUGGCUGGUUAUAUUUCUUGUGUUUCUGAACACUCUGACCAUCGCUUCUGAGCACUAUAACCAACCCGAUUGGCUUACCGAGGUACAAGACACAGCCAACAAAGUGCUCCUGGCUCUCUUCACAGCAGAGAUGCUUCUCAAAAUGUACAGCCUUGGCCUGCAAGCCUACUUUGUUUCCCUGUUUAAUCGGUUUGACUGCUUCAUUGUGUGUGGUGGGAUCUUGGAGACCAUAUUAGUCGAGACUAGGAUCAUGUCACCCUUGGGAAUCUCCGUGCUGCGCUGUGUGCGCCUUCUCAGGAUAUUCAAGAUUACCAGGUACUGGAACUCUCUGAGUAAUCUUGUGGCCUCGCUGCUGAAUUCCGUGCGCUCCAUCGCUUCCCUUCUCCUCCUUCUCUUCCUCUUCAUCAUCAUCUUUUCCCUUCUGGGGAUGCAACUCUUUGGCGGCAAAUUUAACUUUGACGAGAUGCUGACCCGCAGGAGCACGUUCGAUAACUUCCCACAGGCUUUGCUUACUGUCUUUCAGAUCCUUACCGGAGAGGACUGGAACUCAGUAAUGUAUGAUGGAAUCAUGGCAUAUGGGGGACCCUCCUUUCCUGGGAUGCUUGUGUGCAUUUAUUUCAUCAUACUCUUCAUCUGUGGAAAUUAUAUACUUCUGAAUGUCUUCUUGGCCAUUGCUGUGGACAACUUGGCCGAUGCUGAGAGUCUUACCUCUGCUCAGAAAGAGGAAGAAGAAGAGAAGGAGAGGAAGAAACUAGCAAGAACUGCUAGCCCUGAGAAGAAACAGGAGAAUGAGUCCCUAGGGAAGUCUCCAGUGCCAGCCGUGGAGGAGAACAAAGAGAAGAUAGAGUUGAAGGCCAUCACGGCAGACGGGGAGUCUCCACCCAACACCAAGAUCAGCGUGGAAGAGUUUUCGACCAAUGAGAAUGAGGAGAAGACCCCCUAUCCCAGCUCCAAUGAAACCCCAGGUGAGGAGGAAGAAGAAGAGCCUGAGAUGCCUGUUGGCCCUCGCCCAAGGCCUCUGUCGGAGUUGCACAUCAAGGAGAAAGCUGCCCCAAUGCCUGAAGCCUCUGCCUUUUUCGUAUUCCGCUCAGAUAACAGGUUCCGCGUCCACUGCCACCGAAUAGUCAACAAUAACAUCUUCACCAACCUUAUCCUUUUCUUCAUUCUCUUGAGCAGCAUUUCCCUGGCAGCGGAAGACCCAGUGCGACACAACUCCUUCAGGAACCAAGUUCUGUUUUAUUUCGAUAUAGUUUUCACUGCCAUUUUCACCGUAGAGAUAGUCCUGAAGAUGACGGCCUAUGGGGCUUUCUUGCACAAAGGCUCCUUUUGCAGGAACUACUUCAACAUCCUGGAUCUUCUGGUGGUCAGUGUCUCCCUCAUCUCCUUUGGAAUCCAAUCCAGCGCCAUCAACGUAGUCAAGAUCUUACGAGUACUUAGGGUGCUGAGGCCCCUGAGAGCCAUCAACCGAGCCAAGGGGCUAAAGCACGUGGUACAGUGUGUGUUUGUGGCUAUCCGCACCAUUGGCAACAUCGUCAUUGUCACCACUCUGCUGCAAUUUAUGUUUGCUUGUAUCGGGGUGCAACUUUUCAAGGGUAAAUUGUACAGCUGCACCGACAGCUCCAAGAUUACAGAGGCAGAGUGCAAAGGGAAGUACAUCACCUAUAAGGAUGGGGAUGUCUCACAGCCCAUGAUAGUGGAUCGGAGCUGGGAGAACAGCAAGUUUGACUUCGAUAAUGUUCUUUCGGCAAUGAUGGCCCUCUUCACUGUCUCCACAUUUGAGGGGUGGCCGGAGCUGCUCUAUCGUGCCAUUGACUCCCACACAGAAGACGUGGGUCCCAUCUACAACCACCGCGUGGAGAUCUCCAUCUUCUUCAUCAUCUACAUCAUCAUCAUCGCCUUCUUCAUGAUGAACAUCUUCGUGGGUUUUGUCAUUGUCACGUUUCAGGAGCAGGGGGAGCAGGAGUACAAGAACUGCGAGCUGGACAAGAACCAGCGUCAGUGUGUGGAGUACGCCCUGAAAGCACGUCCUCUGAGGAGAUACAUACCCAAAAAUCAGUACCAGUACAAAGUCUGGUAUGUGGUCAACUCCACCUAUUUCGAGUACCUCAUGUUCGUGCUCAUUUUACUCAACACCAUCUGUCUCGCCAUGCAGCACUACGGGCAGAGCUGUUCUUUCAAGGAAGCCAUGAACAUCCUCAACAUGUUGUUCACGGGACUCUUCACGGUUGAGAUGAUCCUGAAGCUCAUUGCCUUUAAGCCAAAGGGUUAUUUUAGUGACCCUUGGAAUGUCUUUGACUUUCUCAUCGUUAUUGGCAGCGUAGUUGACGUCAUUCUCAGCGAGACCAAUCACUAUUUCUGUGAUGCAUGGAACACAUUUGAUGCACUGAUAGUAGUGGGUAGCAUUGUUGAUAUAGCAAUCACCGAACUCAACCCAGGUGAACAUGCCCAAUGCUCCUCCUCUAUGAACGUCGAGGAGAAUUCCCGCAUCUCCAUCACCUUCUUCAGGCUCUUCCGAGUCAUGAGGCUUGUGAAGCUUCUCAGCCGCGGAGAAGGGAUCCGGACUCUGCUAUGGACUUUCAUCAAGUCUUUCCAGGCUCUCCCCUAUGUAGCGCUGCUCAUUGUCAUGCUGUUCUUUAUCUACGCCGUCAUUGGCAUGCAGGUUUUUGGGAAAAUUGCACUGAAUGACACCACCGAAAUCAACAGGAACAAUAAUUUUCAGACUUUCCCUCAGGCAGUUCUGCUCCUCUUCAGAUGUGCCACAGGUGAAGCCUGGCAGGAGAUAAUGCUCGCCUGUCUCCCCAGUAAGCCCUGUGCCCCCGAAUCCGAAACCAGCGAAGAAAAGUGCGGCAGCAGCUUUGCCGUCUUCUAUUUUAUCAGCUUCUACAUGCUCUGCGCCUUCUUGAUCAUUAAUCUGUUUGUUGCUGUCAUCAUGGAUAAUUUUGACUAUCUGACACGGGAUUGGUCCAUAUUGGGCCCUCAUCAUUUGGAUGAAUUUAAACGGAUUUGGGCAGAGUAUGAUCCAGAAGCCAAGGGGCGCAUCAAGCAUCUGGAUGUUGUGACCCUACUAAGACGGAUUCAGCCCCCCCUGGGCUUUGGGAAGCUGUGCCCCCAUCGGGUGGCAUGUAAGCGCCUUGUGGCUAUGAACAUGCCACUGAAUAGUGAUGGAACAGUCAUGUUUAAUGCCACGCUCUUUGCCUUAGUUAGGACAUCUCUGUGCAUCAAGACAGACGGGAACCUGGAACAGGCCAAUGAGGAGCUGAGAGCCAUCAUCAAAAAGAUAUGGAAGAGAACCAGCAUGAAACUUUUGGACCAGGUGGUGCCUCCGGCUGGGGAUGAUGAGGUCACGGUGGGAAAGUUCUAUGCCACCUUCCUGAUCCAGGAGUAUUUCCGAAAGUUCAAGAAACGCAAAGAGCAAGGGCUUGUGGGUAAACCUUCCCAGAGAAAUGCACUGUCCCUGCAGGCCGGCCUACGCACUCUACAUGACAUUGGCCCCGAGAUCCGCAGGGCUAUUUCUGGAGACCUGACGGCUGAGGAGGAGCUGGACAAGGCCAUGAAGGAGGCUGUGUCUGCAGCAUCUGAGGACGACAUUUUUAGGAGGGCUGGAGGACUGUUUGGGAACCACGUUGGUUAUUACCAGAGUGAAGUCCGGAGUGCGUUUCCUCAGACGUUCACUACCCAGCGGCCUCUGCACAUCAACAAGACAUCGGGCGGGCCGGGGGAUCUGGACUCUCCUUCCCAUGAGAAGCUGGUGGAUUCUACAUUCACCCCCAGCAGCUACUCUUCCUCCGGCUCGAACGCCAACAUCAACAACGCUAACAACACGGCACUGGUGCGCCUGCCCUGUUACCGGAGUACCGUGAGCACCGUGGAGGGACAGAGCCGGCCCGUGACCUCCCGUGGCUCCUGGAAACUUGGCUCUAAGAGGACAUGCCAGUGCGAGAUAUGGGGACGCUCGGUGUCCAGAGACAGUCGUCUGCCAAUAAUCUGCCGGGAGGAGGCCUCGCAGGAUGAGACGUAUGACGCCAGCGAAGAGGUGGAAUAUAGCAGUGAGCCCAGCCUGCUGUGCUCUGAAAUGUUCUCCGAUCGGGAUGAGGAAAGCCGGCAGCUAACCCCAUCUGAGGGGGAAGUGGAGAGGGGGCUUUGCCCGUCCCCCAAGAAAGGUUUCCUGCGCUCAGCUUCUUUAGGAAGGAGAGCGUCGUUCCAUUUGGAGUGCCUGAGGCGGUAUCGGCACCAGGGGGCAGAAAUGUCGUCGCCCAAAGCGGUAUUACCACAGCUUCACCUUGUGCAUCAUCAGGCUUUAGCAGUGGCGGGCCUUAGCCCGUUACUAAGGCGGAGUCACUCGCCCACAGCCUUCUCACGUCUCUGUUCCACGCCGCCUGCCACCCCGUGCCCCCGAGGAGGCUGGAUGCAGCAAACCGUGCCGACGUUACGGCUGCACGGAGAGCCGGGCUCUCGGGAAAACCUGAACAGUAGCUUCCCUUCCAUCCACUGCAGUGACUGCAGCAUAGGGCGUAACCGGCCCUCCUCCCUCACAGUACCCUGCCACCCACGGGAGCAAGGCAGGCAGCACCAUGGCAGCGCCAGCAGUUUAGUAGAAGCGGUGCUGAUCUCCGAAGGGCUGGCGCAGUUUGCUCAGGACCCCCGCUUCCUCCAGGUGGCGACACACGAGCUGGCCGACGCCUGUGACAUGACGAUAGAGGAGAUGGAGACUGCCGCUGACAGCUUUUUGAAUGGCAAAGCCAGCCCCAAUGGGAAGCUGUCCCCAUUCUCUCACCGUAGGGACCAGGGGCUGGACUGCGCGGGGGGUGGGUCGGAGGAGACAGGACUCUCACCGGAAUGCCAGGACAGUGACGAGCCGGAGGACUGCCAGGUGUAUGUAAGCAGCCUGUAGCCACAGAGCCAGGAAGACACCGUCUGGAGAGUGGAUGUUUUUUGGGGGGGGGGAGUUUUUGGGCUCCUUCCUCAGUCUUUUCUUUUUUGUUUUUCUUUGUGUUCCUAAAUGGGUUUGUUUCAGAAGUGCCUCACUGUUCUCGUAACCUGGUGUGACCAGAACAGCGUUCCUCAUCCAUUUAAGUUGGGGAGAGAAGGGGGGGGAUAAUGGUGGCCAGAGCUGACUUUCUGUUACCUCCAGCGGAAGUGAGUCCAAACGCGCCAGAUCCAAGGAGCAACAUGGAGGUCCUUCACAUCUACACCGUGUUCCUUCUUUAGUCAUAAACACUGCGAGUGUUGAAGGGUCAUCUGAUACCAGUGAAGGUCAACCAGUGGCCUCCAGGCUACCAGUCCUGUCCAGCCAAUGCCUGAGAAUGAGAAAAGACCCAGUGAAAGGAUCAGUGGCUUCCAUUCCAAGUCUGAGAGGGUCUCUUGGACCUCCUGUAGCACAGCCAUUGAAGCUGUCUUCUUCCAAUAGGUUAAGGGUAUUUCUAUAGGUACGUUCUGGGCUAAAUAGGGAUGUGAAUUUGGACUUUUGUUGGAGGGUAGCCGUACCGUGAAUGCAAUGCAACCAGUUGCACCAUUCGGCUAUAGGCAACAGUGUAUCAUAGAGCGUGCUCAGUGGCAGUUGCCAUUAGGCCUAUGUAGGUGGUCCAGAGUACUUAGGAGGCCCCCUGAGCCGGGGCAUGAAGCUCCAUGAGCUGGGCCUCCUGGGUCGAAGGGUUACUAAAUGUUUCUGGGACCUACAGCAACAUCAUUUGGGCAACAGUUUUUCAUAAAUAUAUACUGAAACUAUUAGUAAAUACCCCCUUAUACCCUUGGACCCCCCCAAGAUCUACUUCUUCAUUAAUUAAGCCCCUGCUUAUUGGUGGCAGCUGCCGUAAGCCUUACAAGAUAAGGGUACAACUUACUGGGUGAUUUUAAAUACUAUAAGAACAGCUUAAUAAGCCACACCCAUUUUAAAGGCCACGCCCAUUUUAAACUUACUAAGGGCCAUAAAGGGGAAACAAUCCAACGACUUUAGGCCCUAAGCUCCUGUGUGCCCAGAACAUUCCAUCUCCGUAUAUUUGUAUUUAUAUGUGUGUGAAUGGGAGCAUCCAUAUUGCCAUUAUAAUGCAGGUAGUCGGCGGAAACAAUAUGGCUGCUCCUAUGCAGAGAAGGAAAGUUCUGUUUACCCAUUGAGCUCUGACGUAGAUCAAAGGGGAACUAAACAGAAGAUAUAUAUUAUAUAAGAGAUGGGGAGGGCGGCUUCACCCCCCAUAUAUAAAUCACGCCCCUUUAAUAGUCUGUGCUGGACUACAGGAUUCUCAUGGGGUAAAAGGGCUUCAAAGAGAGGAAAAUAUAUUAUAGUUAUUGCCAUGUCUACACCCCAAAUCCAACCCUAAAGCUACUGAACUGCAACCCCCACAUCCUCUGCCGAGACUGAGGGAGAGUUAACAAAAUGUUAUGUUAAAUGAUAUUAAAAUGAUGUAUUUUUGCCUUUUA